GCUACAACCGGCUAGAGGGGUCCUUUUCCGCUGCGCUGAGGAGGAUUAGAAGCCAACAUGCCGACUGUCGGAAUAAAGAGGGAUCUUCUUUUCAAAGCUUUGGGCAGAACUUACACUGACGAGGAGUUUGACGAGCUGUGCUUCGAAUUUGGGCUGGAGUUGGAUGAAAUUACAUCAGAGAAGGAGAUAGUCAGCAGAGAGCAGGGCGACACCAAGGCUUCAGACGCAUCCGAUGUCAUCCUGUACAAGAUCGAUGUCCCAGCUAACCGCUAUGACCUGCUGUGUCUGGAGGGGCUGGUCCGUGGGCUGCAGGUCUUCAAGAAUAAGCUGGAGGCACCUCGCUACAGACGUAUUAGCCCAGUCAAUGGGGACCCUCAGAAGCUGAUCAUCACAAAGGAGACAGCAGCGGUGCGACCCUUCGCUGUGGCAGCAGUGUUGAGGAACAUCACUUUCACACAGGAGCGUUACGACAGUUUCAUCGAGCUGCAGGAGAAACUACAUCAGAACAUCUGCAGGAAGAGGAGCCUGGUGGCCAUCGGGACCCAUGACUUGGACACCAUCUCUGGACCUUUCACUUACACGGCCAAACCCCCCGGAGACAUCAGCUUCAAGCCGCUGAACCAGACCAAAGAGUACACUGCCACCGAGCUCAUGAGCCUCUACAAGACAGACAGCCACUUGAGGCAUUAUCUUCACAUUAUUGAGGACAAGCCUGUGUACCCGAUCAUCUACGACAGCAACGGCAUUGUUCUCUCCAUGCCUCCUAUUAUCAAUGGAGAUCAUUCAAAAAUCACCCUACAGACAAAGAAUGUCUUCAUUGAGUGCACAGCGACAGACCUGACCAAGGCGAAGAUCGUGCUGGACAUGAUGGUCACCAUGUUCAGCGAGUAUUGUUCACAGCCGUUCACGGUGGAGGAAGCUGAGGUGGUUUACCCAGAUGGCAAGACCUGCAUAUACCCAGAGCUGGCAUACAGGAAGGAGAAGCUGUCCGGCGAGUUCAUCAACCGAAAAGUUGGCAUCAAUGAGUCAACUGAGAAAAUUGCUCAGCUGCUGACCAGGAUGUGCCUGCUCUCCCGGGCUACCGGUGUCGGUGAUGAGAUUGAGGUUGAGAUCCCACCCACACGCUCGGACGUCAUCCAUGCCUGUGAUAUCAUGGAGGACGCCGCCAUCGCCUACGGUUUCAACAACAUUACCCGCACUACGCCACGUGCCUACACUGUCGCCAACCAGUUCCCACUUAAUAAACUGACCGAGUUGUUAAGACAAGACCUGGCAGCUGCUGGAUUCACUGAAGCUCUUAACUUUGCCCUGUGUUCUGAGGAAGAUAUAGCAGACAAGCUUGGGAAGAAGAUAUCAGAAACCAGGGCAGCUCAUAUUUCCAACCCUAAGACGGCCGAGUUUCAGGUGGCACGCACCACUUUGUUGCCAGGCUUGCUGAAAACCAUAGCUGCCAACAGGAAGAUGCCCCUUCCCCUCAAACUGUUUGAGGUUUCUGACGUGGUGCUGAAGGAUGAGACCAAAGAUGUCGGCGCGAGGAACAGCCGGCGUUUUUGUGCCGUUUACUACAACAAGAGCCCGGGCUUCGAGGUGAUCCACGGCCUGCUGGACCGAACCAUGCAGCUGCUGGAGGUGAAGUCAGCCCGCGGAGAGGGUUACCACAUCCAGGCAGCAGACGAUUCCACCUUUUUCCCUGGUCGCUGUGCAGAGAUCAUAGUUCGUGGAAAGACUGUGGGACGUCUCGGAGUCCUCCACCCAGAUGUCAUCAACCGCUUCGAGCUGACCAUGCCCUGCUCCGCCAUGGAGAUAGACAUCGAACCCUUCCUUGGCCACACUGCUGAAACCCUCCUCACUCACGACGUCCCCAUGCAGGAAGUCAUCAAGCACAAGUUCCCCACGCCAGACGAAUCCCAGCAGGCGCCGGUCUCCCGUCCAACAUCCACAAAAACUGUGUUUGGUGACGUGAGCACACAAGUGGGUCUCAAAGCUCUCAAUGAUUUUCUAGCUGACAAAAGCUACAUGGAGGGUUUUGCGGCAUCCCAAGCUGACAUGACCGUGUUUGAUGCCAUCCCCUCUCCUCCCUCACUGACCUUCUGCCACCUCCGUCGCUGGUACAACCACAUCAAGUCCUUCCAGAGGGAACGAGCUCGUCUCCCAGCAGCCAAGAGACAGUUUGUCCUCCCCGCUGCUCCCGCCGCCUCGACAAACAACGCCAGCGAUGACGACGACAUUGACCUUUUUGGCUCUGACGAUGAGGCCGAGAGCGCAGAGGCAGCUAGAGUCAAGGAGCGGCGCCUUGCUGAGUACGCCGCCAAGAAGUCCAAGAAGCCAGCUCUCAUCGCCAAGUCGUCCAUCUUGCUCGACGUCAAGCCCUGGGACGAUGAGACGGACAUGGCCAAGCUGGAGGAGUGCGUCCGCAGUGUCAGCAUGGACGGGCUGCUGUGGGGGCAGUCCAAGCUGGUGCCGGUGGGUUACGGCAUCAAGAAGCUUCAGAUAGGAUGCGUUGUGGAGGAUGAUAAAGUGGGUACGGAUCUGCUGGAGGAAGCCAUCACCGCCUUCGAAGAUUAUGUUCAAUCUGUGGAUGUGGCUGCCUUUAAUAAGAUCUAAAUCUUAGAGACAGAGAAAUCAUUGACUGAAUGGUACCAUCUGAUGUUUCCUGGUCUUGGAUCUGCGAUGUAUGAAACGCUGUUCCAGUGUCCAUGUAAUACAACAAUUAAAGCUCAGGUGCUUCAUUUAAA